UCUCACCAGCUUCGGUCCCAUGUCCACCCACCAAUGUAGCAGUCAAAAUCUCUCCUUUUCCCUCGAGAAGACGCUCUUCCCUUCUUCCAUCACUGUAACACCGACACGAGCAUCUGCCUCUUGCUUACCGCAGUGGCAAUAAAAAUCUCUUAUUUUGUCAGGAAAACAGUUCUUCCUUUCGGUCACAGAAGACCCAGACGUUUCUGCUCUCUCUCUCUCCCCUUCGGGGCACUGGAAAGAUACUCACCAGCUAUUGGUUGGUUGUUGUGCCGUCAAUCCGCCAGUUUUUUCUUUUAUUUCCUGUUCGAUGGGUUUCUUUGCUCAGAUCUUUGGGCUUCGGAGCUCGAUGUUAUAGCUAAUUGGUGGCUGUCGGAGGUCAAUGGCGAGCGCUCGAUUGGGGCGGAGCAUAAAGCGAGCACCUUUGGGCUUCGGCACUAAGGUGUCGCUGGUGUUCUUCUUGGGUCUGGCUUUUGUUGUCACCUGGUGGACCUUCUCCUCCCCUUCCGCCUCGGCUGUCUCCUCCCAAAGGAGCAGCUUUGACGACAUCGAAGCACUACCGGCCACUCCGGCGCCGAGGAAAGGGAAGGAGCAGAGCAGGAAGAAGGCCCAUCAGAAGAAGCCUCCCGAUUCGCUGCCCAAAAAUGAAAACUCGAAGAGAACUGCAGUUGGAUCUAAAAACGAUAAAAAGGAGAAGGAGAAGAAGAAGGGAGGAGGAGGAGGAGAGAUCGAGCAGGUGGCGGCGGCGAAGAACGAGACGAGCAAGCCAGAAGGGCAGCAAGACGAGGAGGAGAGCGAGGAGAAGGUUGAUGUGGAGGGCUUGGAGGAGGUCACCGAUAGCGAGAAUGCAACCGACGAAGACAUGGAAGAGGGUGUUGAUGCGAAUGCCGAAGACGAUGCCGGUGAAGAUAAUUUGAAGAAUAGGAGCAAGAAGAAGAAAAAGUUGGGACCUUUGUUUGAUCCAAAGGCGCGAUAUACCUGGAAGCUUUGCAGUGGAAAGACCGGGCAUAACUACAUUCCCUGUGUGGAUAUGGAAGGCGGCCACCGACACCAUGAGAGGAGUUGCCCUCGGACUCCAAUUACGUGUUUGGUGUCUCUUCCUAAAGAUUAUAAACCUCCGGAGGCAUGGCCCGAGAGGGAGUCAAAGAUAUGGUUCAAAAAUUUGGCUCACCCAAAACUAUCAGAAGCCAUCAAAACUCAAAGUUGGUUGAAUCUCUCUGGCGACUAUCUUUUCAUUCCUUCGGAGGAAUCUGAGUUCAAAGGAGGUGCUCAACACUAUGUCAGUUCAAUUGAAGAGAUGGUUCCGGACAUUGAAUGGGGUAAGAACAUUCGUGUAGUACUGGACAUUGGGUGUACAGGUGCUGGUUUUGGAGCUGUUCUUCUGAAGAAGGACGUGGCAACAUUAUCGCUGGGUCUAAUGAGUGAUCAAACAGAUAUGGCCCAACUUGCCCUGGAACGGGGUAUCCCUGCAGUGGUAGGGAAUUUGAGAUCAAGAAGGCUUCCUUUUCCAAGUAGUGUUUUUGAUGCUAUCCACUGUGGUGAAUGUGGCAUACCAUGGCAUUCUAAUGGCGGUAGGCUUCUUCUUGAGAUAAACAGAGUUCUACGCCCUGGAGGAUACUUCAUCACAUCAACCAAACAUGGAGAUAUUGAUGCUGAAGAAGGCAUGACAGCAUUGUUGUCAUCAGUCUGUUGGAAUAUUCUAGCACACAAAGCUGAUGAAGUCAGUGAAACAAAUAUCAGAAUAUAUCAGAGGCCAACAUCAAAUGAUGUAUAUGAGAUAAGAGCAACAAAAGAACCUCCUUUCUGCAGGGAAAAUGAAAACCAAGAUGCUGCUUGGUACACUCCUGUAAAAGCAUGUCUUCACAAAGUUGCAGCAGCUAUCGAACAACGUGGAACUGACUGGCCUGAGGAAUGGCCCAAGAGACUUGAAACUUUUCCAGAAUGGUUAGCUGAUUCAGAGGAUAAGUUGACUAAAGAUCAUGAGCACUGGAAAGCUAUAAUUGACAAAUCUUAUCUUGCUGGGCUGGGAAUUGAUUGGUCAAAUAUUCGGAAUGUAAUGGACAUGAAAGCAAUAAACGGAGGAUUUGCUGCUGCUCUAGCAUCUCAGAAGGUCUGGGUGAUGAAUGUCGUUCCUGUUCAUGCUCCAAAUACUCUCCCCAUCAUUUUCGAGCGUGGGCUUCUUGGUAUCUAUCAUGAUUGGUGUGAACCAUUUAGCACGUAUCCAAGAUCCUAUGAUCUUUUGCAUGCUGAUCAUCUAUUCUCACGUCUAAAGAACAGGUGUAAGCAGCCUAUUGUUAUCGUGGUUGAGAUGGACCGGAUACUAAGGCCAGGUGGUUGGGUCAUCAUCCGUGAUAAGUUGGAGAUAUUGAACCCUCUAGAGACGAUUUUGAGAUCACUUCACUGGGAUAUCAGAAUGACAUAUGGCAAAGACAAGGAAGGUCUGCUAUGUGCACAGAAAACAACAUGGAGACCAUAAGAUGAUAUCCUUUACCUUGUGAUUCUCAAGUCAAAGAUACUCUAUUUUGGAGGAGACACAGGCCUUCUGUUUCCAGAUGUUUAUUCAUUGUCUUUACAUGAGGUACAAGUACAACCUUGGUCCUUCGUUGUCGAUCACGGAACAUUUUGGUGCCUAUGAUAGGCUUAUUUUUAUUCUUUGGAAUGCAUAAUAUCUAUUAUAGUUUUUUCUUCUGAUCAUUCUAUUUGGACUGAA